ACUCUUAACCUGCCCGCUGGCUGAUUGGCGGCGGUCUCGGGGAGGCCCGGAGGGGCGGGCCGAGGUGGUGGGUGGGCAGGAAGGCGCUAUGGCGGCGGUGGCGCGGUGCGUGCGGAGUGCGCUGCGACCGUGGUACCCGCUGGUGAGCUUCUCCCUGAGGACUUCUCCACGACUGCUUUGUGUAGCCACGCAACAGAAAAACACUGGCCAGAACUUGGAAGAGGACCAGAGCCAGAGCCAAAAUGAGCAGAAGGUUGAACUCAGCUCUGCUGGAAAGAUGUUAACUGAAGAAAAGGCCAAACUGGAAGAACAGCUAAAAGAAGUUACUGACAAGUACAAGCGUGCCCUGGCAGAUGCAGAAAACGUGAGGCAAAGAAGCCAGAAGCUGGUAGAAGAGGCAAAGUUGUACGGGAUCCAGAGCUUCUGUAAGGACUUACUAGAAGUUGCAGACAUUUUGGAGAAAGCAACAGAGAGUGUUCCAAAAGAAGAAAUUAAGGAUGAAAAUCCUCACUUGAAGAGUUUAUACGAAGGCCUUGUUAUGACAGAAGUACAGAUUCAAAAAGUGUUUAAAAAACAUGGCCUGCUCAGACUGAAUCCUGUCGGGGCCAAGUUUGAUCCCUAUGAACACGAAGCAUUGUUCCAUGCUCCCGUGGAAGGAAAGGAGCCUGGCACUAUUGCAUUGGUAUCCAAGAUUGGUUAUAAGCUGCAUGGGCGUACACUGCGGCCUGCCUUGGUGGGUGUUGUGAAAGAUGCUUAGCUGCUUAAACUGAGAAUUUAAAAUGCCAUACAACUAUUAAACAGCUGGAUGGUUUUUCUCUGGCA